AAGCAAAUUAAAGCAAAUGCUUAAUUCAAUUAAUUCAAAAAGAACUCAUUAUUGUUACUCCUCCAUUUACUAUUACUAGUAUACUCAAAUUUCAAAAUGAACUAAUCAGAAUUACUCCUCCCACUGGUACUUCUCUCCCUGUAAGUGCAACGUUUGUGCUUCGCCAUCCCUCUCCUCUAUAAGCGAAGUACUACUUUACUGCUACUGCAAGAAAGAAGUUGGGAGGAUCAUCUGAUUUUUGGCGUCUCGAUCGAGAGUUUGUCAAUUAUCUCUCAUGGCAGCCGAUGGUAAUUUUACAUGUUUCAUGUGUUCCGUGUGUGUGUUUCUUGAUCUACAGACAAGAUUGUUUUAGUUAGUGAGAUCGAUCUGCCGCGUUUGAUCCGCUAAAAAGAAUCCAAUUCCAUGCUCCGAUCUUUGUCCUAGUUCUGAGAUCCAACUCCGUUGACAAGCAUGCCAAAUUAAUUCUGGUUCUCCCUGUAGUGCAACAUUUGUGCUUCUCCAUCCCUCUCUAUAAGUGAAGUACUUUACUACUGGAAGGAAAAAGUUGAGGAUCAUCUGAUUUUUGGCGUCUCGAUCUCAUGGCUGAAGUUGCUGCAGCUUCCAUCCCACCUACCUGGGAGAUUCAGAAAUGCAUAUGGGUUCCAAUUGCUACACGCAUCAAUUACGCCAGAAAAUUGACAAACAAUUGGGAAGCACUUUGCAAGAAAGCAUUGGAAUUACGUUCCAAGAAAGAUGACAUUGUUGCCGAAAUUGAAAGAUUCCGUCUGCAGAAAACUCCAACUCAAGAAUGUGUUAAUUGGAGAAACGAGGUGGCAGAAAUGGAGAACAAGGUUGUGACCUUAGAACAAGAGUUCAAUGUUGACAAGAAAUGUGUUUGGGGAUUAUUUCCAGACAUUUUUGAGCGUAUGAAGCUUGGUAAGCAAGUAGUAAAUAUGAUCUCCAAGAUUGACCUACUCAUAGAAAAAAAGUUUGAAAAUGGAUUUCUCGUUGAUUCACCACUAGCUAGAGUUGAGAGAAGGCCCGACCCCGCUUCAACAUUGUCAAGUUCUGCGCAUCAUACACUAGACAUGGUACUGAAUAAACUUCGAGAUGAGAGCACUCAAAAGAUUGGUAUUUGGGGAAUGGAAGGAGUAGGUAAGACUACUAUUUUGGACCUUUUGAACAAUUACCCUGAUGUCAAAACAAUUUUUGAUUUUGUCAUAUGGGUAACUGUCUCAAAAUCUUGGACCAUUAGAAAGCUACAAAAGGAAGUCGGGAUGCGGUUAUCAAUAGCAAUAAAUGCUGACGAGUCUAAUGAUAGAGUUGCAAGUAAAUUAUUUAUGAGACUUGAGGGCAAGAAGUACCUUUUGCUUUUAGACGACGUCUGGAAUGAGGUGGAUUUAAAGGUUGUAGGGUUCCCCAAUGCCAAUCUACAAAAUGGUUGCAAAGUUGUUUUGACAACCAGAAAAAUGGACGUUUGCCGGAAGAUGAGAACUGAUGCUGAAGUACACAUUUCACUUUUGGAAAGCGAAGAAGCGUGGGAGAUGUUUUCCUCUGGAGUGGGUCACGUUGCAACGCUUUCAACCAUCAAGCCGUAUGCCCAAGAUAUUGUUAGAGAAUGUGAUGGCUUACCACUAGCGUUGAAAGUCGUAUGCGGUGCACUACGGAAAGAGGAAAAUGUGUAUGUAUGGAAGAAUUUCUUAAGAGAAUUAAGGUCACCUGCCACAUCUGUCAUUGGGGACUUGAAUGGCAAAGUGUUCAAGGUAGUAAAGGCAAGCUAUGACCAAUUAAAGAAUACUGAAGAGAAAUGCCUUCUGUUCUGUGGAUUGUAUCCAGAAGACGACAUGAUUGAAAAAUCUAGAUUGAUAGGAUAUUGGAGAGCAGAGAGUAUUUUUUCUAGUAAACUUACUUUGGAACAGGCCCUUGAUAAGGGAGAAGCUAUAUUGCAAGCUCUUCUAGAUGCAUCUUUGUUGGAGAAAUGUGAUAAAGAUGACUCUAUAAAGAUGCACGAUGUUGUUCGAGACAUGGUAUUGGCAAUGACUUUCCUGCAAGGAGAGGAACCAACACAUUUGGUGAGAGCUGGAAUUUCUUCGGAGAUGAUUCCAGAGGAGGUGGAAUGGAAAAAUGCAACACGAAUAUCCUUUAUUAAUCAUGACUUGCGCAGCUUGCCAGAAUCGCCAGACUGCCCGAAGCUUUUGACUUUGUUGCUUCAAGGAAAUGAAAAUUUAGAGGUGAUUCCAGAAACUUUCUUUGAUAACAUGCUUAGCCUCCGAGUGUUGGAUCUGUCACGCACCUGUAUUAAAUUGUUGCCAACUUCAAUAUCUAAAUUGGACAAUCUUCGAGAACUAGUCCUUUUAGAUUGCGAAGAUUUGGAGGCUCUCCCCAAAGAGAUUAGUGCACUCAAGGAGCUGGAAGUGCUUUAUGUGGGACGAUCUAAAUUGGAAAUUGCCAGUAGGGGGAUGAAAAGGGAAGAGUUAAUUAUUCCUGUUGAGAUGAUAUGUGGGAUUCCUCAUAUUGAAGUAAUUGAACUUACAAGUCGACUGAGCGAUGAAAGUACAGAAAUUAUUGCGAAAGAACUGAGCAACUUGGGUUCACUUUCUUCUCUUUUGUUUGACUUCCGCAUGGUAGGUAAUCUGCAACACUUCCUGCAAAAUAGCAUACCAUGGAAAGAGAGAAGACUGAUGCAAUUCGUAUUCUUAGCUGGGAAACGUCCACACCAAUUAUACGAACUUGAACCUUGGUUAUUUCAUGAAUGGAGUAAGAAGUAUAACAGGUUUCUAGCUUAUGAAGGAGAAGAAAGGGAUAGUGACCUUCCCCCAGCCAUAGAGGAUGCACUUAACCGUUCAAAUGGCUUUAUAUUAAGCGGGAAUGGAAAACUCAAAGCUCUAUCAGAAUUGGGCACGCGAAACACAAACGAGUUAAGAUUUUGCCGGAUUCGAAAAUGUGUUGCGCUUGAAACAAUAGUCAAUAGAAAUGGGCUUGAAAUGAGUGCUUUUUCUAAUUUAGAAUAUUUGAUUGUGGGCGAACUGUCGAAUUUGAAGUCCAUUCUUUGUUUGGAGAUGGAGGAGGGACAAUCAUCAUCAUCAUCACCACCACCACCAUUAAAUGUAAACAGCUUUACCAAUCUAACAAAAUUGGACGUGUGGUCUUGUCCGCUAAUUGAGUGCCUCUUCUCAAGCAGAUUCAUGCUUCAACAAAUGUCCAACUUGAAAGAGUUGACUGUCGGAUAUUGCAUGGGACUCAUGGGGAUGAUUCCAGAGGAUGAAAAGGUGGAAUAUGAGGCUCUACCCAAAUUGUCUUUUUUGUACCUCGAAGAUUUGCCUGAAUUUGUUAGCCUUUUUGAAGGUGUUCCCACGUGUUGGCAAUCACUGGAUAAAGUGAGAAUAGGGAAUACUCCGAAGCUGAGGAAACUCCCCUUUGACACUAAUAGCGCUCCUAAUUUGAAGGGAAUUAAGGGCUAUCGGGAGUGGUGGGAUGCAUUAAAGUGGGACAAUCAUGCCGCCAAAUUACAACUUUUUAAGUUGGAGCCCUGAAUUUUUAAAAGACCGAAUUGGGAAAAGAGGUUCACCGACAAUGAGAUAAUCCAAUAGUUGAUCUGGAAAAAAUUACUGGCUUUCAAUGCAGAGUAUUGGCUUCCAACUAUGAAAAAGAUGCUCUGCCGAGGCCAAGUAAUUCGUAAGUAUCUCAUGUAACAUAUUUGCACUUAUAUUAUUAGCUUUUUGUAGGGGUAUGCCCCUCUAGCUUGUAUGUUCAUUUGGUUUCCAACGGAAAUUAAUUUACCAAAAAAACAAAAAACAAACUUGUACUAUAUUAUCAGCUUUUCAAUAUUUGUAUGGUUUCAGCUAUGUCCUCUUCCUACGA